CCCUUAACUCCCUCGUGGGCCUUGGAACCCUUCCUCACACUUCGCCAGUUCUCACCUCUCCUCUUCCCUUCUCCUCUCGCGGACGGCUGAUCCAGCGGCGGCGGCGGCGGCGGCGCUACGCUGCGGUAGGCAUCGAGCUCGGCGGCGGCGGCGGCAUCAUGGCGCUGCGGAUGGCGGCGGCCGCGUUCGUGCGGCGCCUGGUGCCGGCGCGCCCCCCGGCGCUCCUGGCGGAGGCGGAGGCCGUGACGUGCGGGCGCGGGGACAAGAAGACCAAGCGCGGGAAGCGGUUCAAGGGCUCCUACGGCAACUCGCGGCCGAAGCGGGACAAGAAGAUCGAGCGCAUCAAGGACCGCGUCGAGGUGCCCCGCUCCACCCCGUGGCCCCUCCCCUUCAAGCUCAUCUGAGCUCAGGGACCACCCCCCCUCUUCGGUUCGUCGGGCUACCUAGGGUCUCACUUUAUCCCCUAUCGAUUACUGCCACUCUCAGCUGCUUUACUUAGUUUGUUUCCCAAAUUAGGCUGUGUGUACCAUCGGAUCGAAUUGCCAUGUUGCAACAAUUUCGGACAGUGCAGUCGCUCUGGAUGAAAUGGAUUGUUUUAUGUGCCCUCUUGUCAUCGUGUUAUCUGGAUGAUGAUUAUAAUAAAUCAUUGCAAAUGAGAUUCUAUA